AUGGAUAAUUUAACAUUUGGUGUAAAAUACACCUUGAUGAAACCAAGAGACUCUAAAUCCUUCAGGCACAUAUAUUUCACAUGCUUUCUUGUUCUUUAUUGUCUGAUAUUGUUUCUGAAUAUUUGGCUCACUGUUGUUAUUGUUUUGCAGAGAGCCCUUCAUGAACCAAUGUAUAUUUUUCUAUGCAAUCUAUGUUUUAAUAGUAUAUAUGGAGCUACAGGAUUUUAUCCUAAAUUUCUAUAUGAUUUAUUAUUGGAUUCAUAUGUGAUCCCUUCUUACUUGUGUGCCUUACAGACUUUUGUGAUUUACAGUGCAGUUAAGUGUGAAUAUUGGACAUUAGCAGUGAUGGCUUAUGACAGACAUGUGGCCAUAUGCAGACCUUUAGAUUAUCAUUCAAAACUGAACAAAUCCUCUUGUAUCCUUUUACUUGCCCUCUGUUGGUCUGUACCAUUCCUUUCAGUGGUUGUUGGCAUUUCCUUAUCAAGUAGUUUGGCAUCAUGUAAAUAUAAUAUUGAUAAACUGUAUUGUGACAACUGGUCAAUGGUAAAGCUCUCAUGUGAAUCAACUGUCGCCAAUAACAUUUAUGGAUUUGUUUUCAUUUCAAUUUAUUUUUGCCUUUUUGUCUCCAUUAUAGUGUCCUACAUAAAACUUUUGAUUGCAUGUAAAGCAUCAUUGGAGUGCAGAAGGAAAUUUUGGCAAACAUGUGUACCUCAUAUGUUUUCAUUGAUAAAUUUCACUACUGCAUUGCUUUUUGAUUUACUGUACAGCAGGUAUGGCUCAAAUGAUUUUUCAGAUGAUCUGCGUAAUUUUUUUGCUUUAGAAAUAAUUAUAGUUCCACCUAUUUUUAAUCCUGUAAUUUAUGGUUUAAAACUCAAAGAGAUUCGCAAAAGACUCUUUAAGUCAUGUUUGCAGUAG